CCGUGUCACUCGUGUCAGUGGAUGUGCCGGUUCGCGUCGCGCAGAGCGCCGUGCGCCCGGGGAGCCGCAGCCAUGAGGACCGCUCCUGCGCUCCUGUUCCUGCUCACAGCCGUGCUCGCUUACUAUGUUUACAUCCCUUUGCCCAACACCGUUUCGGAGCCCUGGAAGCUCAGAGUGGUGGACGCGCUGCUGCGGGGGGUCAUGAUCCUGGGCAACCUGGCCCACGACCUGGGGCUCAGCCACCGCAUCUACGUGCUGAACUUCGCCGUGAAUCGCUUCGAGGUCCAGGGGCCGCGCUCCAGCAAAGCGGUGCUGGUCACCGACACCGCUUUCGCUGGGGUCCAGGUUCGGGUCUUUGAGUCGACGCGGCGGAAGGAGGGCGAGCUGAAGAGAGCCGUGAUCUACCUUCACGGAGGAGGGUGGGCCCUAGGCAGCGCCAGGAUGCGAUCGUACGACUCGCUGUGCCGAAGGAUGGCGGAGGAUUUGAAGGGGGUCGUCGUGUCCAUAGAUUAUCGCCUGGCCCCGGAAGCGCGCUUCCCGGAGCAGUACAACGAUGCUCUCCGAGCUUCCCGGUACUUCCUCCAGCCCCGGGUCCUGGCCCGGUACUCGGUGGAGCCGUCCCGGGUGGGCGUCUCCGGGGACAGCGCCGGCGGAAACCUGGCGGCUGCCGUCGCCCAGCAGUCUGCCGAUUUACCGUUUGUACAGGUUGCCACGGACAGCAGCAGUCCCAGUAAGUUCAAGGUCCAGGCCCUCAUCUACCCGGUGCUUCAGGCGCUGGACUUCAACACGCCGUCGUACCAGCAGAACCAGAACGUGCCCAUUCUUUACCGGCCGCUCAUGGCCCACUUCUGGCUCGAGUACUUGGACGGAGACCUGAGCUUCAUCCAGCCCCUGCUGGCCAAUAAACACACGGCGCUGGACGUCUACUGGACCGCACAGGGUCGGGCCAAAGUGAACUGGACGCAGCUUCUCCCGGCCUCCUUCCGGAAACAUUACAAACCGGUGGCCCCGGCACACGGGCUGGCGCAGGUCGUCGAGGAGGUUCCGGCGCUGCUCGACCCACGGGCCGCCCCCCUGCUGGCAGAGCGCGACGUCUUAGCCCGGCUUCCGCGGACCUACAUCCUGACGUGCGAACACGACGUGCUGCGGGACGACGGCCUCAUGUAUGGGCGGCGGCUGGAGGAGGCGGCUGUGUCCGUCACCCACGACCAUUACGAGGACGGUUUCCACGGCUGCAUGGUCUUCGCCUUCUGGCCAGCCUACUCUUCGGUGGGACAGCGUACCGUGGAGAACUACAUCCGCUGGCUGGAUGACAACCUGUAGCGUCCCGACUCGUACGCCGUCGGCUUUUCGCCUAUUUGUUCGCCCGGGGAGGCGUAGAGCUCUUACGGACUGUCCGAGUUUUAUUUAUUGUAGGUUCUCCUUUGGCGACGUAGGCAAAGAGAACAUUCCGGUGCAAUGCAACGCGUCAAUGCAAGGAGGCUGGACGGCGAGACGAGCCGAGCUGCCGGGUGUCACGCGGGGGAGAAGCGGCUGCGCAGAGAGCUUGUGUGCUGUUUUUGUCUGCCAACAGGGACUCGGGCGUUCGUCGCAUGUGGUCAUCGCAGCGAACUCCUUGUUCCGCCGUCACGCUGCAGCCACGUGCGCUUCUGCAGCUCUCCUAGAGUUUAACUCGACAGCCACGUCUGUGUCGUCGGGGGCCGAAGGAAUUUCAGACCCUAGAAAAUGACCAAAAAGGCUCCCUGCCCUUGUCAAUUGAGGAUUAAAGCGUACACACACACACACACACAGAAGCCGCUUGUCCCAAGCAGGGUUGUGGCGAGCCAGAGCAUAA